UCCAACCACUCUGAGUGUCAUCGUGUCAUAUCCAUUCUACUGUAUCCAUGCAGAUGCUAUUCUGAAGCAGGUAUGAGUUGAGUGCUUAUACCUGAACAAGAAAGAUAGGGAUCAGAAGUGUGAAAACCAAAAAUUCUACCUGCCACAGGUGCGGCGCUAUGUUAUGCUAAGCGGCAAAAUAGAAUAGGAACUGACUUACCUGUCAUCGAGUGAGUAGCGGAAAAACACAGUAUUCGUCCUCCUUGAAUCGUUGCCGCACCAAGCAAGCGAAGCACACCUGCCUUCCACUUAUCUACCACUCAAUUGACUUGCAGAAGUAUCCAUGAGGCACCGAGUUUUUCAGAGUCGGUAUCGACAACAUGUUAGGGAAGGACACUAAAAACCAUCCAAAGCGGUACCGGCGUAGAUGCUUUGCUUGCGUCCCUGCUGCACCCAACACAUUUCGAAACUUUGCGGCGAGUUGCUGUAGUUGCUCCGGCACCGCCGACACGGUCGCCGGCUUGAGCGCGCCAAGGAAAGUUCAUAAUUUCAAACCUACCAAUGAGCGCUCGCAUACCGGGGGAGCGGCCUCAGGAGCCAAUGGGCUCGUGACGGUUGAGAACUCGCGCUUCGACGUAAAAAAUCUGACGUUUCAUGACGUUUGAUGACGCGAAAAGCUCGCAGCGCCUCACUUUAGUCCGCAAGUGAACUCGCGAGUUUCAUCCCCUUGGUUUAUUGUCUGCUCCGGCGGGUGUUCCCGCAGCUUCCACUGCGAAUGUGUGAAUGUCAACGAUGCUGACUACGAUUUCCUUGUGAGCCAAGAUGUUGGCACCCAAGUAUCUUUUGUUGAGCUCGGUACAAAUGAAAGUUCUCUGCAAGACCUGAUAAUGGCCUUACUGGACAAGAUGAGCGCACUGGAAAAAGAAGUCAUUUCGCUACGGACAGAAAAUGAUGCGAUGUCGACGCACCUCGCUCGGAACUCCGAUCUUCUCAGAACGCACAUCACUAAGUGUCCAGUUACUGGUGACGUGUCAUCUCCGUCUCCUACCUACUCUUAAUCUAGUUCCCUCAAACGUUACUCUGAUACGCACCUAACUUGUGAAAUACAAGUUAUUUGUGCUCGAUGUAAAGGUUACAGCCCAUUCAAAGGUUACAUGCGGACGUGCGCUGCCCUCUUACAGGUUACAUUGCGAGAGAAACAGUGGUGUUACCCCUAAGGACGCCGUUACGCUUUUGGAGAAGUUACCAGCGUUACUUAUAAAAGCGAAGUGGUCCGCAGUUUCGCGAAAGUCGGCAGGUGGAGGUUGCACGUCAAGUGGCAGUUGGCAACAGCGUGUAUCAGGAAAAAGCGGGAGGAGCGUUUCGCUUGCUGUGUGGUACCUCGCCGCUUCGAGAUCCGUUGCAUUGGAAACAACGGAAUUCAAAGUCACAUACUCGCAGGUAGAUAUAUGAUGUGACGGACGCACACAGACAUUCGAGGUUUCACACAGAGACGUUGCACGGACGCCGGCUGUGAUCGUGAUGCAUUUAUUGGGGAAAUGGAUGAAAAUGGACAUGCACUGGAAGUAGCAUGCUGUUAUUGUCACCAUGCACGAGCCAAGCAUGCAGCACUGAGUGAAACAGGUAACCCAUAGCGCAGCUCCACUGGUUCCAAAUUUGAUGGACACAGCCAUGAGUUACCUGGCAGUAUUGUGGCAGAGGGUAUCUUGUGCCACAGAAGUACAUACGAACAGUCCAGCAGAAAUACAGCAGCAGCCCAAUCCCAGUCUAUAACUCUGCAGAGGCUCAGAGAGAUAGCAGCAAACCAGGUCCUUCCCACAACUCUCCGCAAGCUCGGGAUUCGUCGCAAAGCCAGCCAGCCAGCCAUGUACGAACCUAUAUUUGCCAACAUUGUAGAUUGUCGACUAGGUAUUUCCAGUGCUUUUGUGACCACGUCGUUCAGUGUGUUGGGUGUGGCUUUCUCCCUUCUUGUGAUACUUGUGGAACAACGUUUGAAACCAUCUAAAGAUACCUACAUCAUUUGAAUUUUUGUAUUUAGUUAAGCACACGAGUACAGGAUGACAUAACAUGACAGGAUGAGCCAGCCAACACAAUGUAUAGGUGAGCUACUUGAGCAGAUGGAAAGAACAGAUCAAAGUUAGAAGAAUAAUCUGAAAAAAAAAGGCUAUUUAUGCCAUAACCCAGAGGGCCACCACAUGUGCUCCAAGGUGGUUGUCGAUUGCGUUGUAAGCCGCGUAGAGGAAUUGUUUCAGGAAAUGGGUGUGCAGAUUGACACCACUUUGGUAAAAUCAGAUCAGGUUCGGAAGUUGCAUUAUGAGGAACCCCUGAUUUUUUGUAACGUGCCUUAAGUGCAAAAUGUGUUGGGGUUCCUUAUCUCAUUAAACUUUAAUUUAGAUAAUUUUUCUACACGUCAUGUGAAGAUGACUACGAAUUAUCUAUUUUUCUAAAGUAAAAAAGUGACUUGUCAACUCAGUUCCGUUAUAUGUACAUUCAGUGCAAGGUGUUCUGCAGUUUAGUAAUACUCAUAUUUCAUAUAUGCCUUUUCUCUGCAUGAUCCUUCGGAGAUAUUUUGCUCCACUGGCCACCUGUCGCUGUGACGAGGACUAUGACUUCCCAAUGGGGAUCCCCAAAUCGAGCAAAGCCACUGAGUUCACCAAGCGACCUGACGGCAUGCAUCGAAACAGUCUCCGCGAAGAAACACAUCCCAUCAAGAUGAAGUUGUGCGUGGUUGUCUUCGUUCUUGCCACUCUACUAUCGGUUGCCUUCUCCGAAUGCCCGGGAGAGCUGAAAUUCCUUGCGAUUAUGGGAUGUGCGCUCGAAGCGAAGGAAGAUCCUAAGCUCCAAGCCGCCUUCGGGGACAAGGAUUUAUCGAACCCUGCUUUCGUUAAGGCAACAUGCUGUACGCGGGACGCAGUAGAGACGUGCAUGCGAUCCACCCUGGAGGGUGAAUGCGCACCCUAUGCUGAUGAAUUGGUCGGCAGACUUAACUACGAGCUGAAGAAAGAAUUUGGCGACCUGUCCUGCGACUUGGAAUGCUAAGAAGCAAACCACACGGAUAGUAACACGGUACAUGAAAUAAAUUGCUGCACUUGA